AUGUCGCAGCGAAUCCCUGGCCCUGCCUAUUCUUCCAGCGCACCACCACCACCACCACCACCACCACCACCACCACCAAUUCAUACCUACCAACAACACCAGCAUCCUCCUCCGCCUCUACCGCCCCCGAGUCAACAUCACCACUCGUCCCAUCCUCCUCUGCCUCCUCCGCCGUCAGCUCCACAUCCUCACCACCAACAUCCACCGCCGCCGCCUUCCCACUCGCUAUCUUCACAUCAACACCAUGGCCAACCACCCCACCACCAGCCUCAACCAUAUGCCCCAGCUCCAUAUCAACAGUCUCAGCCGAGUCAAUACCCUCGGCCCCAUCCGCACCAGCAACACGUCCCUCCUCCUUCGCAACAUGAUGAGCCUCCUCCCCCGCCCUCUUCGGGACCAUCCCCCACCGACCAUCAGAAAGAUUCCGAAUACGUUCCCCCGUCCUACUCCAAGAUCGAAGAAGGUUCAGGCUGGAAGUACAGUCUCGAUGUGAAGCAACAACCCGUACGUGCGCGCAUGUGUGGUUUUGGCGAUAAGGAUCGUCGCCCAAUCACGCCGCCGCCAUGUGUUCGUCUUGUCAUAAUCAAUACCGAGACGGGUAAAGAGGUUGACUACAAUACCCUAGACCACGCCAUGUUUGUGUUGUCGGUCGAUCUGUGGAAUCAUGAUGAACCAGGGACCCCUUCGUACCAGCAACAAUCUCUGCCCCCGAGUCGCGAGUCUGGAUAUGGCCAAUCGCAAGGGAUGAACUAUGGGCAGGACUAUCCCCCACCGGUGCAACAGAGCUAUGGUCCAGCACCGUCGUACCCGCCGAGCAGUUCCUUCGGUCCGCCCCAACAAUAUUACCCGCGACAUAGCGGUUACAGUGCCGAACCUUCGGCUCCUCCGCCAGGUGCCCCUUUCCGUAAUGGAUAUGGACAAGAUCAAAAUGCGCUUACUCGGAUGGCAGUAGUGGGAGGUCAACCCCAAGGGAUGUUUACGAGAAACUUGAUUGGCAGUUUGGCCGCAAGUGCAUUCCGUCUCGAGGAUACUGAAGGACAAUCAGGUAUCUGGUUUGUCCUCCAAGACCUCAGCGUCCGUACAGAAGGGACCUUUCGAUUAAGGUUCUCCUUCGUCAACGUUGGACGCCCCGGGGGGCAGGGGACCAACGUAAACCAAGGCCGAGCGCCAAUCCUGUCGUCGUGCUACAGCGAGAGUUUCCACGUGUACUCGGCCAAGAAGUUCCCCGGCGUGUGCGAAAGUACACCAUUGAGCAAGAAAUUUGCAAACCAAGGCAUCAAGAUCCCGAUCCGUAAGGACGCCAACAUCAAGGGCGAAGGUGAUGAAGAGAUGUACGAUCAGAACUGA